CACAGGGCUGCACCCCGGGGCUGGAUCAGCCCCGAGCCUUCUUCCCAGGAAAAGGAAGGCAGAGAGCAUUUUUCCGGGGCCCUGCAAACCUGAAGGGGUUAAAGCCAGCCGAGCUGUUUGCUAGAGAGCCCGAGAAGGGGAGGAGGCUUGAGACAGGUCAAAGCGGGAGGAGCCCGGCCAAGUGACUAAGAGUGUCUUUCCUGAGUCAGAGGCAACCCAAAAGAAAGGGGAAGAAGAUGGAAGAAAAGGACCCUGAAGGCCCUGGAAAUGGCAAGACGUUCAGGAAAGAGCCCCAUCCCAUCCAAGCAGGGAGUGGUGCUGCAUUUUGGGAGAGAGACAUCUUGGUUCAGGACCCUGUGACCGCAGAUGUACGCAGCCAAUGCUUCAGGCAGUUCUGUUACCCGGAGGCUGAUGGGCCCCGAGAGGUCUGCAGCCAGCUCCAUGGACUUUGCAACUACUGGCUGGAACCAGAGAGGCGCACCAAGAAGGAGAUGGUGGACCUGGUGAUCCUGGAGCAGUUCCUGGCCAUCCUGCCGCAGGAUGUGCAGGGCUGGGUGAGAGGAUGCGGGCCAGAGACCAGUUCCCAGGCAGUGGCCCUGGCCGAAGGUUUCCUCCUGAGUCAGGCAGAGGAGAAGAGGCAGACACAGCAGAUGUGGGGGGGACCCGUGAAGGUGGAAGGAAGCUUCUCCGAGGUGGAAGGAGCUCCGUCAGAGGAAGGUCAGAGGGCGCAGGCCCAGGAGCGUGCCCAAGAUGCCCUGUCAAGUGGCAGUGAAGAGACGUUAUUGAGCCCUUUUCUUUGCGGAGAAGUGGAAACGCCUCGUCGACAUCUGUCCCAGUCUCCGCUUUCCUUUGAGGAGGUGGCCGUGUAUUUCACCGUGGCGGAGUGGAGUCUGCUGGAUCCAGGCCAAAAAGGUCUCUACAGGGAAGUCAUGCUGGAGAACUAUGGGAGCGUGACUUUUCUGGCAGGCGAUGAUCAGAGGAAUGAGGAGGAUGAGGAACUGCGUCAUGUAUCACCAGAUGAAGUAACAAGUGAAGAUGUGAGAAGAAACAUCAGGAUUCAAAGCAGGCCUCAGAGGCAGAAUGUCAGGCGCAGAGUGAAGAAGAGGGACACAUCUGUUCUUUGCAGGAGGGGGGAUUUCCAAGAUGUAAGUCACAUGUUGGAGGAUACAUACAAGUGUUUGGACUGUGGAAUGAACUUCUCAGAUCUAACGCAAUAUAAUGUCCAUGUUUCAAAGCAUGGUAUAAUGAAGAUAUCUAAGAACUUUCAGUAUGGAAAGUACUUCAGAUACAAAUCACAACUCCUUGUGCACCAAAAGAUAGACACAGCGGAAAAACCUUUUGAGUACUCAGAAUGUGGGAAGAGAUUCAGUCAUAGUUUCCUUCUUAAACAGCAUCUAAGAACCCACACAGGGGAGAAGCCUUUUGAAUGCUCAGUGUGUGGGAAGAGAUUCAGGAACAGUAGCAAUCUUCAAAUUCAUCUAAGAACGCACACAGGGGAGAAGCCUUUGGAAUGCUCAGAGUGUGGGAAGAGUUUCAGUUGGAGUGGCAAUCUUCAAAAGCAUCAAAGAACUCACACAGGGAAGAAGCCUUUUGAAUGCUCAGAGUGUGGGAAGAGAUUCAGUAGGAGUAGCGAUCUUCAAAAACAUCUAAGAGUCCACACAGGGGAGAAACCUUUUGAAUGUUCAGAGUGUGGGAAGAGAUUCAAUUGGAGUAAUACUCUUCAGUAUCAUUUAAGAAUCCACACAGGGGAGAAGCCUUUUGAAUGCUCAGAGUGUGGUAAAACAUUCAGUCAGAGCAGCCAUCUUCAACGUCAUUUAAGAACCCACACAGGAGAGAAGCCGUUUGUAUGCUCAGUGUGUAGGAAGAGAUUCAGUAUGAGUUGCCAUCUUCAACGUCAUUUAAGAACCCAUACAGGGGAGAAGCCUUUUGAAUGCUCAGCCUGUGGGAAGACAUUCAGCGACGGUAGCAGUCUUCAAAGGCAUCUUAGAACCCACACAGGAGAGAAGCCUUUUGAAUGUGCAGAGUGCGGGAAGACAUUCAGUCGCGGUAGCCAUCUUCAACGUCAUUUAAGAACCCACACAGGGGAGAAGCCUUUUGAAUGCUCAGAGUGUGGGAAGAGAUUCAGUCAGAGUAGCCAUCUUCAACUUCAUUUAAGAACCCACACAGGAGAGAAGCCUUUUGAAUGCUUAGCCUGUGGGAAGAGAUUCAGUGACAGUAGUAGUCUUCAAAAGCAUCUUAGAACCCACACAGGGGAGAAGGCUUUUGAAUGUGCGGAGUGUGGGAAGACAUUCAGUCGCAGUAGCCAUCUUAAGUGUCAUUUAAGAACCCACACAGUAGAGGAGCCUUUUAUAUGCUCAGAGUAGAAUGGGAUGAGAUUCAGUCAGAUUGGCCAUCUUCAACAACUUCUAAGAACGCACACAGGGGAGAAGGCUUUUGAGUGCUCAGAGUGUGCAAAGAGAUUCAAUCAUAGCACCAAUCUUUAAAAACUUCAAAGAACCCACACGGGGAAGAAGGUUUUUGAAUUCUCAGAGAAUGGGAUGAGAUUCAGUCAGAUUGGCCAUCUUCAACAACUUCUAAGAACACAUAUAAGGGAAAAGCCUUUUGAGUGCUCUGAGUGUGCAGAGAUUCCGUCAUAGUGGUCUUAGCUUGACGUCAAUUGAUUGAUAUUACAGAAUGGCUGUAUGAUAAAGUAUCUUUGUGCGAAACGUAUUAACCAAAAUUAAUACAAAUGUUUUUCUAUU